GUUUUGGAUAGCUUCUGUCUCGUUGGUUGCACAUUGAAAGGUCAUCCAAAGACAGCCUGAGAACCGGCGCCUCUCCAUCCGUUCCCUUCCAACCUCUCUGUAAUUAUCCAUCUGCACAGCCGCGGGAAGCCGGCAGGUUGAAGGCCUGAGAAUCAGUGGGACAUGUCGACCCUGCGCUUUGGACAACAUCUCAUCAAGGCCUCGGCCGUGUUCCUGCGGACGGAGCUGUCCUUCGCUCUGGUCAACAGGAAGCCCGUGGUGCCCGGACAUGUGUUGGUUUGCCCUCUGAGACCGGUGGAGCGCUUCCGGGACCUUCAGCCCGACGAGGUGGCCGAUUUAUUCAGCACCGCUCAGAGAGUCGCCGACCUGGUGGAGAAGCACUUCAACGCCACUUCGCUCACCAUCGCCAUCCAGGACGGCCCUGAAGCCGGACAAACUGUGAAGCAUGUCCACGUCCACGUGCUGCCCAGGAAGGCCGGGGACUUUGAGAGGAAUGACAGCGUCUAUGAUGAGCUGCAGAAGCAUGAUCGAGAAGAUGAGGACGUUCCCUCCAAGUGGCGAUCAGAGGAGGAAAUGGCUGCAGAAGCGACAGACCUGAGGGAGCAGCUGGAGAAGUUCUAAAUGGACGAUGUUCAACAUUUCAUCUGCAGCGUGAGGACGACAUGACACCAAACAUUAAAGUUAUGUUCACUUGAAGAUACUUUGGAUUCAUUUAUUCUAUUCAUGCAUUUUUGUUACCUAACAUUUUGAUUGAAUAAAAAGUGUUUGUUCACCA